GAGAAAAUGGAAAAUGAGGAGAAGAAAAAUUGUUGAGUUAUGUGCCAUUGAAAAGCAAUAUUUCCCUUUGCAAUGAAUUUCUUUGGAAACCAAGAAAUGAGGAAUGAUGGAAGGGUGUCCAAGUUGCGUAGUGGACAUUGCACUCGCUUCUCACCACUGCGACCCGAGUUUGAUCCCCGUGAUCGAUAGUGGUUGUAUGUGAUAGGGUAUGGUGGUCGCCCGCUUGGACACGUGGGUUCUCUCCGGGUACUCCGGCUUCUUCCCACACCAGUGACCCCCUCGCACUAACAUCCGUGCCAACGAGAGAUAUUAAUAUAAGGGUCAGGGAACAACAUGUCUCCACAUCCAAACCAAGGAAUGCUACCACAGAACAACAUGUUACUGCAGGGAAGGUCUCCCAACAACUUGCAGCAGAUGAUGGGUCUCCAGAUGCCUGUAGCACCCAACAUGCAACUCUUCAAUGCAGCAGGGUCUGCAAUGUGGAAUCCUAGAGCACAAGGUCUGCAGGGACUGCGACAAGGAAUGGCCAACCAAGCUAUGGCAAACCUUCAGAUGAUGCAGCAAGGAGCCAAUCAAAUGAUGUCAGCUGCUGGAGUCAAUAUGACAGGGGCCAAUCAAAUGCUACAAGGUCCAGGCAGUAUAAUGGCAGGAGCCAAUCAGUUGCUUCAAAGAGGGAUGUCACCAAUAAUUCCUGGAUUGAAUUUACAGCUACCACCUCCAGGGUCAGGACUAGGUAUACUGGAUGCACCAGGCAUGCGAGCCCCUGGUCUCAUGUCAGGUGUAGCCCAAAACAUGAUGGGUCUCCAGGCGGGGCUGUUUCAGCAGGGGAUGUCUUCUAUGGGUCAGAACCAGGCAGGCCUCCCCUCUCCUGUGGUCAGCCAGGGCAACAGGAAGGAGGAUCGCAGUAGGAGGGACAGAGAUCGCUCAGGUCGAGAGGACAGAAGAGACAGAAGGAAUCCUGGGAGAUCGAACCGUGGCGACAGGUCAGGAGAUGACAGCAGGACAAGAGAAAGAAGAAGUGACUCUAAGAGUUCUGGGGACAGAAGAGAUGGGAGGUCAUAUGACAGGAAGUCUGAGCGUGGAGGUCGUGACAGAGGUCGGAUGGACCGGGACAGAAGCACAGACUCCAGAGACAGGAGCACAGACUCCAGAGAUAGCCGGCAAUACCGACCAGACAGACGCAGGCCAAGUCCCCCAAGACCAUCAUCUAGAAAUGCCAAAGAAAGCAGGAGAUCUAGUCCACGGAGAUCUAGAAGUCCCGUCCGGAGAGACCGGGCACGGCAGUCGGACAGCCGCUCAUCGUAUGACGUGCUGAAUGGUCAGGACGAGAUAGAACUGCCCGAGGAGAUCAUUCCCGCCUGGCUCAGGUGCUCCCCGGCUGACCUUUACUUCAGGAGAAACAAUGAGACUGGCUGCUUCAAUGCUACAAAGAGAAUGCAGGACUUGGUGGAGAAGUUUGAGACGGACCUUGUUCAGAGGUCGGCACGGGUCAGAGAGUCCAAACCUCCCGUGGAAAUCCCCAAGUACCCAGUGAUGGAAAGCCACCACCAUCACCACCACUCAGGUUCUGAGAGCAGUAGUUCCAGCAGCUCUGAAGAGGACUCUGAGGAGGAAGGGGAGGAGGAUAGCAAAGAGGAGGAGUGGCUGGACGCCCUCAACAAACGCAAGAAGCACCCCUACCGUCUCCAUGACGACCUGUGGUACAAUGACCAAGGGGAGCUGAAUGAUGGGCCAUUAUGUAAGUGUAGUCUGAAGUCUCAAAAAUCAGGAAUUAGACACAGCAAGUAUCCUGGCGAAAAGGCAAUUCCCCGCUGUGACCCCCACAGUAACAACAGUGAUAAACUCUUUCACUACAAAAUCACCAUGUCCCCGCCCACUAACUUCCUGACAAAGGCCCCCACCAUCAUUGAGCAUGACAACCAUGAGUACAUCUUUGAGGGAUUUUCUUUGCUGUCUCAUGAGAAGCUGGAGAAUAUACCUACAUGCAGGGUGAUACGAUUUAACAUAGACUACACAAUUCAUUUCAUCGAAGAACCCAUUCCAGAUAAUUUCACUGUGAAGAGUCUGGACCUGUUUCAGCAGUUUUUAUUUGAUGAAAUUUUGGAGCUGGUUGACCUGGACUGGAAAGGUCCGGGGACAAAUGAACACUGUAACCGAUUCCAUCUGAUGCCGCGGUUUGCAAGGCUUUUGCCAGAGAAUGGUAAGGAGAUCCUGUCUAUGAACGACGUGCUGACGUACCUACUGAAGAGCUCCAAGCCUCUGCUGGAGGAGACGGAACUCGCCCAGAUCCUGAAGUACGACGUCCACGAGUGGCAGGGCUUUGUGGAUGAAGUGCGAGGGAGUGUGGUCACUUUCCCUGGAAAGAAACCUUCCAGUAUUAGAAUUGACCAGUUAGACAGAAACCAGGAUGAAAAUCACUUAAUACAAUUCCCACUCAUUAUUCACUUCGGAAUCAGACCUGCUCAGCUCAGCUAUGCUGGGGAUCCCAAUUAUCAGAGAACCUGGAAACAAUAUGUCAAGUUCAAGCACCUGCUGAACAGUAAACCCAAGGUCACCUUCACAGACAAACAGAAACUAGAGGCAAAGGAGAAGUACCUACAGGAUCUCAGAAUGAAAAGUUCUAUGAAAAGGGAAGUCACUGUGGAGAUCAGUAGUGAAGGAUUCCUGAGAACAGGGAUUAGAUCUGACAUCACUCAGCAUGCUAUGCUGAUGCCUGUUCUACUGGGACACCUGAGAUUUCAUCUCUGUAUAAGACAGCUGCAGAAAGAAAUCAACUACCAAUUCAAAGACCCACAACUCUUGCAGCUGGCCCUGACUCAUACUUCAUAUAAAGUUAAUUAUGGAACUAAUCCAGAUCAUGCUAGAAAUUCCCUGUCAAACUGCGGGGUUCGUCAGCUUGAGUAUGGAGAUCGGAAAAUCCACUAUGUUCAUACAAGAAAGAAAGGGAUCAACAUUCUAAUUAACAUCAUGUCCCGCCUUGGGAAGCAGGACGAGUGUUCAUCAGAGAUUCCUCACAACGAGAGACUGGAAUAUCUCGGGGACGCUGUGGUCGAGUUCAUCACAAGCGUUCACCUAUUCUACAUGUUUCCUUACCUGGAGGAGGGUGGACUCACCACGUACCGAGCGGCGCUCGUACAGAAUCAGCAGCUGGCCGUACUCGCAAAGAAGCUACACCUGGAGAACUACAUGCUUUAUGCCCACGGCCCUGACCUCUGUCACGAAUCUGACCUGAAGCAUGCCAUGGCCAACUGUUUUGAGGCACUGCUAGGAGCCCUGUAUCUGGAUGGAGGGAUUGACCUGGCAGACAAGGUGUUUGCGGAGACUUUGUUUAAGGAUGAGGAUAAAUACCUUAACAUCUGGAGGGACCUGCCCCUCCACGUCUUACAGGAGGAUGAGCCGGGGUCCGACCGCCACUGGGUUGAGUCCAGCCCCACCCUACAGAAAUUAGUGAAAUUUGAGGAGUCCAUAGGAGUAAAAUUUGACCAUAUUCGGUUGCUAGCCCGGGCCUUUACCCUGCGCAGUGUGGGAUACAAUCACCUAACACUGGGACAUAACCAGAGACUUGAGUUUCUGGGAGAUACAGUGCUACAGUUAGUGGCCUCAGAUUAUCUGUUUAAGCAUUUCCCUGACCAUCACGAAGGACAUCUUUCAUUAUUGAGGAGUUCUCUAGUCAAUAACCGAACUCAGUCCAUUGUCUGUGAUGACCUGGGCAUCUCUGAUUACGUCAUCUUCUCUGACUCUAAAGGAGAAAAACAGGACAAGAAGACAAAAGAAAAGGCUGAUUUACUUGAGGCCUUUAUCGGUGCCCUGUAUGUCGACAAAGAUGUAGAGGUGUGCUACAAGUUCUGUGAAGUCUGCUUCUUCCCAAGGUUAAAGGACUUCAUCCUGAAUCAAGACUGGAAUGACCCCAAGUCCCAGCUACAGCAGUGCUGCCUGACCCUGAGGGAAUUGGAUGGAGGGGAGCCAGACAUCCCAGUCUACAAGUGUAUAGAGUCUAUUGGUCCAACCAAUACUCGGCGGUACACAGUGGCUGUAUACUUCAGACAUGAGAGACUGGCCACUGGAAUAGGUCACAGCAUUCAACAAGCUGAAAUGGCCGCUGCCACUAAUGCUCUGAUGGAAAGAUCAGAACUGUUUCCCAUUCUUGCCCAUCAGAAACGAUUUCUGGAAAGAAAACACAAGAAAAAGCGAUCCAGCAGGAAAGGUGGGCGUGAUGAGGAUUCUGGCAAGGAUCAGUGGGGAGGCAGUGAGCGUAAAGAGAGCAAGGAGCAGGAGGAUCGGGGAAAGUCCGAGGGAGCCACGCCCUCCACUAACGAGGCCCUACCCCAGAAAGUGACCUCCCUUAUUGACUCCUUCAAGGAGAGAAAGAAAAAAACAAAUACCUGAAAUCUUGUAAUGAUGAUAUUCCACUGUCCCAGCUUGAUUUGCUUGCAUAAGUUUCAGUCUUAUUGCAGAGACAGAGGCUUUUUAUGUGUUCUUUUUGUGAUUUGCGUUUUGUAAGGAUGCAAUAAAGUUUUAUAUUGAAAAAACUAGUGCUAUAUUUGACAAAUAGAAUGCAUGAUUGAAGUACUAAUACAUGUGUGAAGUACAGAGUAUGUCAAUCUGACCUUUGAGUAAAUGAAACUAGGACUAAAUAUAUAAUGUGAUAUUAUGGGAUCAGAGAAAAUAAUUGUAUUUUUAAGAAGUGCUAUAUUAAUGUAUAUGUAAAUUGAAAUAAAUGGAAAAUUAUA